UUUCGCGGUGAUGAGCCAACCCACCAUUUCCCGUUGCAUCGAAUAUAUUUGUAAAUUGGUGGUGGAGCGUAAACACGGCGAAGUGCGUUUUCCUAAUUCUGUUGAAGAAUACAAUAGAAUUAAGACUGCGUAAAUUUUAUUCCAAUUUAAAAGAAAAUAAAUCGCUAUACAAUAAUUUUAUUCCAAAUUUUAUUCGAAAUUUGGAAUAAAGGGUGUAAUUGGAGCAAUUGAUUGCACUCAUGUUGGCAUAAUUGCACCUGCCUUGUCAAGCACAGUUGUACCGCAUGAUUAUAUGAACAGAAAGGGUUAUUAUAGCAUUAAUGUUGAAGCGCUUUGUGAUGAUGAACUAAUUUUCCGGCACGUGAAUGCAAAAUUUCCCGGCUCAUGUCAUGACUCCGGUAUAUGGACUACUUCGCCAGCAAGGAUAAAGUUAAUAAGAGAACACUCUGAUGGAGCUUUUAAAUGGAUUUUGGGUGAUUCGGGAUAUCCAUUGGAGCCAUGGCUUCUUACACCGGUGGCAAACCCUGAAACACCAAAUGAACAAAACUUCAAUACUAGGCACAUAAAAGCAAGAAACACUAUUGAAAGAGCAUUUGGAGUUUUAAAAUCACGCUUUCGUUGUAUUUCAAGAGAACGUACAUUGCGGUAUAAACAUUCCAAAGCGGCAUUAUUUGUUUAUACUUGUACAAUAUUCCACAACAUUUUACAAAACCAUGGAAUUUUUCUAAAUGACACCGAAAUAUUGCCAGAUCAAUCACCUCCUGAAAAUGUGGGAGCAAUCUCUGAAAUCCAUUCGGGGGAGUAUUACACUCGAGGCAGAGCAGCACGUCAAAGGUGCAUUAACACAUUAAAUAAUUAAAAUUAUACAUAUACAUAUAUUUCAAUUCAAACUUCAUUUAUUUAUAAAAUAAAUAAACAUAACAAUAAAAUAAUUUAUACAAGUAUGUAUAUAAAAAGGAA